UGUUUCCAUUCCAUUGCACUCUAUUUUUGCUUACAUUUUGUGAAGAAGGAAGUUUUGUUCAGUGACUUCUUCAGAGGUUUUCGUGUUGCUUCCUUCACUGGUUCAUCUGAUUUACAAUCAGAGGAAGACAUGUGGUAAAAGGAUGUGGUUGCCGGGUUAAUUAUUGACACUGAUGUAAUGGAAAGCCUCUCAACAUAAAAACAAAAAAAAACAAACCACAUUUCAAAUGUUGGCAGGUUAUCCUGCCAACAUUUAGUGGGACAACUGUUUGUUCAGUUGUCCCACCACAAGCAUAUAAACGGUCGUGGUGGGACAACCGGACAAACGGCUUGGUUCAUUUGACCCAGUGGAGUGUGAAAGUGAACAGCACCAGUUUAAAAUGUUACUAAUUUUCCAAUCUUGGUCCCCAAUCAAGCUACUGAUCACUCACUUUGUCAUUGCCUCUUUGGGCAGGACGCUUCACCCCCUUUUGCCGCUGGGGGUGAUCAGAGGGUGUAGUGCUGCCUAUUGAAUGGCAGCCUCACUUCUCUCAGUCUGUCCCAGGGCAGCUGUGACUACAAUGUAGAUUACCACCAUCAGUGUGUAUGAAAAGGUCAAUGACUGAUUGUUGUGUGAAGCUGUCUGGAGUCCUCAGAGAUGGUAAAAGUCCUGUCAGUGGAGCCCAUUUUACCAUUUAUCAUCCAUGCCCUGGGCAUCAAGUCACCACCAUGCAGCGUAAUGCCUAACUAUCAUUCCAGUCUUCUUCACUUGUGUUUCUGUGGCUUUGCAAGAGCAGAAGUGUUGGUCUAACAGCCCACUCUACUGUCAUAGAACCAAACAAUAUGAUAAAUAUCCUCAUUUUCAUUUUUUUCAGUUUAUUCAGUGUUUCACUACUCCUGCCUUACAUGCUAGCAUCAAACCUGGACAUGGCAACAGUCCUGACAUUCCUACCUCGAGCACACUUUUGAGAUGGGUUGCCUCCUCGUCUUUUUCCAUUGCUGCUAAUAGCACUUAGCAUUUGUCAACAGCUCACUGCUGGAGGAAGUCAGAGCAUCGCAUCGCACAACACAAAUAAUCAUCUGGCAGCAACACAGUGUGCGAAAUAUAAAAACAUAAUUUAAUGAAGCCCUGAAGAAGAUAAUUUGGCACAAGACAUUUUGAAAAUUGAGGUAGUCGAAUUAUUCAAUCUAAUGUUUACAGCCCUAGUGUCAUGAUGCUACACAACUAGAUGAAGUUUAACUCAAAAAGCCCUUUUCCAACAGGUUCGGUAGCAGAAUACUAAAAGAGACAGUCUUUUCCUUCACACUAAUACCCAAUUGCUCAUGAUUUCAUCUUGGUGUCACGACUGCUUCCUUAAGAGAUCAGAAUGAAAUCACCCCUUUAUUUCGUUACAAAGAGCAGGGCUAGGUGUCGUUUAUGCUUGAAAUGCUGUAACAUUGUGCCUACAAUACAGACUGAUUGGUCAGCAUCGUUGUACAAUUUUCAGUACGAACAUGAGGCGAGGCAGUCAGAAAGAGAGAGAGAGAGAGAUUCUCUGCAGUAGCUCACCCAUCCCAUGUACUUUAUCUCAGGUUUAGAGAGGCCUUUGGUGGGGAGCUGAAACCGGCUUGACCAGUCAUGACUUAUCUUGCAAGCUGAAAAAGCUGGUAAAAGCUGCUGUCCUGGUGGCAGGGCUAAUGGGAGCACAAGUGUUCAUGUUCUUCCCUUUCUGUGUCCCAAGCUAUUCAACAUGGAAUGCCAGGUUUCACACAUUGUACAAGUUGCUGUCCACUGGGUCCGGAGCAGUGCUGGAAAGUAGAACGAUCUUUGAUUUAUGACCCUUCAGCGAGGGUGGAGGCCGUAGCCAUAGCAAGAACGCCAGAACACAGAGGUUGUCUUAACAUGCUAGUAUGUGAACUGAGGGUAAGGUGAGCUCAUUGCAAUUUCACCCCACGCAAAAUUAAGCUAGUCUUUACAUGUAGGCAGGACAAGAUAAGUAGUUAAAGAUAUAGUUACCCUUCACUAAAAAUUUGCAGCCAGAACACUUAUUUUCAAAGCUCUUACUCAGCACAGUACAGACCGGAGACUUUUUCCAAUACAUAACAGCACCAAGCGAGCCAGAAAGCACAAAGCGAGUCCUUAAAAAAAAAAAAAAAAACACACACACAAAAACUUUUUUACUUCUGAAUUUUUUUAUUCAUUCAGUUGCAUUUAUAUUUUCCAACACUGAUAAUUUGAUAAUAGGCAGUAGAAUGAAUCUGCCAUACAUAUAGUUACAUCUUAAUGAGCUCCAGAGCUGAUAAACAUGAUCAUCUUUUAGAAACACCAGCCCCAACCAUCAGAAAUUCUGCUCCUGGCUCUUUUUCAAAAAGGUUUUUUCCACCAAGUCCAGUCACUUUCCUGUUGUUAUUAUUGCUGUCUCGCUUAAAAAAUGCAUCAUUCUCUCUUUCUACAUGCUGUUUUGGCCACUCCAAAGCAGCCAAAUUCUCCCAACUGCAGUCAGAUGUCCACUCUGUCGAUGAACAGAUACAAAGUCACUGCUGCUCAGCUCCCAUCUUCCUGGGUGUUUGCACUCCUGAGAUGUUUAACCCCCUUUAAGACAAACUGCGUGUCGAUGUGAACAUAGGAAUUGCACUAUAGGGCUCAGAGAAACCUUGCGUUUGGAGGAGGUGGUCUGGAUAUGGUUUCAAACGAACUCUAGAGCAGUUUGUGUAUGGUGUGAACACAAACCGUACACAACGGUGUGAAUGUUUCCACACAGCUACCAGGUGGCUGCUGUGAAACAGGGUUGUGUGAUGAAAUGUGGGAUGAAGAACAAUAAACAAACUAAUGAGCAGCACAUUUUUAGGGCAAAGCACAAAGCCCCAUUCUUCUUUCAAGACUAUCCGAAAAAUUGACUUCAGUGGGACAAAUUACAGAUGGAGAACAAUUUGUCAAAUCUACAAAUUGCAGACGGAGAUGGGAAUCCAGUGGAAUUAGUAAUUAGGAUGCUAAUGGCACGGCAACGCUCUGUCACGACAAUAGGCAUUAUGUUCCUGUUAUGAAGACCUCUGAUUUUCUCUGUCGUCUGUGAUUGUGUUUUGGUGUCACAGUUCAAGUUUUUCCGUACAGUUUGUAAUUGUCUUGUUUUGAAGGGUGUCAGUAGUGAUCCCAUUUACCAGAGAAUCUCACACAUUGAAAUUCAGGAAAUAAAUUAGUAAAAUGGAAAUUGGAAAAGCUCCUGUUUUUUGGGGAGAGGUUGGUGGGGUCUGAUAGAAAGGUGCUGCGCUAUAGGACGACGUGGAUUUUCAGUGGUUUUUCAAAUCACAGAGUGAAGAAACAGUUUUUUCACUUCACAGGAGUCACUUGAUCAACAGCCGGAUGUUACUACUGGCGAAAACAUCAAACAAGAGACAAGAAGUGGUAGGAGGAUGAUGCUGCUGGCUCCACCAGCUCUCACAGCAUUACACAGCUCAUAAAAAGUUGUGGGUCAUUCCAACGUGCUGAAUCCACAGCGCUUCUGUAAAAUCACAAUCUAGAAUUUCCCCAGAAAGUUGCACACUUAGGCGCUCCCAAGUAGGCGGGGCUUAUCAUUCCGCACCCUCUGAUUGCCAGCGAUAAUUCAGCCAUGAGCGCUGGCAACAUGGAUGAAUUAUGAAUAUAUCUCAUGCAACUCUUUACAUCUGACGUCGCCACGACUCACCAUGUGAACAAGCUUAUUCACCUGUGAUUGAAAUUUCAUUUCUCAUUGCAAUUGCAAAAUUGUGAUUUUUAUAUAUAUUUUUUUUUCAACAAUAGCAGAUUUGCACACGUUAGUACUGGAAACUAACGUGUUAGGGACACGCCAGAACACUGUCCUUAUAAUUUGUUAUUGAUUAUGGGGUAUAUUCAAGGUGUUGUAGAGAAACACUGGAUGUUCCAAUCAAUUCACAGCACCUAGAACAAAACGAGCUACACCAUGGCACCUGUGGAGAACAAUUUCCCACACAGCAAAAAGUAGAGAGUUAAAAUUUCAGGGUUAGACGUGUCAGAGUUAAUUUUAACUCAUUAAGUGUUUUUUUAACAUUUAGCGAUUUAAAUGAUGCCCAGUGUUGGAGUUAUUUCGCAGAGUUGAUUGCGUUGGUGUUGAAUCAACUCUGCUGGGAGGAAAAUAAGCUCCUCCCCUCCGCUUCACAGUUUUCGUUUGAUUUCAAUCUGAACUCGGCUCCAUUUUGUUCAUCUCCUAUUCUACACGGUAAGUGUCCAACUUACUAAAUCUUUUGUCCAGCACUAUUACAUUGACAGAGUGAGUGAUUUGACUUUUUCAACUAAUUACAACAUAAUUGAAAGGCAGCUGAAUAUGUCCAUUUUGCAACAAUUUUACACAACGUGUUAGCUAGUAGCCCACCUGGUAGCUAGUAGCACUUACACCUGAUAUUAUUAUCAUGGUAAUUCUUACAAAAUAUAUUUUGUCCGACCAUAUGCUCGCGAAAAAUAUACUUCUAUUUUGUUUUGUCGUUUAAAAUGAUAAUUUUGACCUUGUGAAUGUAAGAGGUAACGACUAUUAGCUUCCGUGGAACAUCAGCGAGCCGAAGUCACGUGCCACAAAUAGCCGAGGAACGUUACAGCGAGGUGAACGUUUGACCUAUACUUUAUUUUGCUUUGUCUAGGUUUAUCCCAUGCUUAAAUAAAAUGCUGAUCCAUGUAAAGUAUGGUGACCUGCAAAAGUACGUGAAGUUGGAGGAGGUCGAAGGACUGUUUGACUCUAAUCAGUUUCAUGAGAAAGUCAUUGAACGAUUUUGCCUGCCACCUGAUGGCAAAGUGACAUACAAAGAUGCAACAGAUACUGAAGUUGACGAAGAAAUAUUCAGUGACCUCCUUAGACAAGGCAAUGUGGUACUGACAGUUUUCUGCUCUGAUGAGUACUCAGAAUGGUCAUCUGCUUCUGACUCUGACUCGAGCUUCAACUCAAAUGCAUCAACAUCAACAAUACUAAUGGAUGAGAUACCACGCAAGAAGCAAAAAACUGAGAAUGCUAAUAACUCAAUGUCUGCUAAGAAUCUGGUUGAAGGUGUCCUACAAAGCAAGUCUGGUGGUGAAGAAAUUCUGCAGGAGUAUGAAACUACAGAAACCUUAACUGAUGCCACAAGAAGACAAAUGGUGAACAUACUGGUGGCUGACAUGAUUGAUAAACAUGGGUAUGUUUGUUUUUACAAUGUUUAAUUUAUGUAUAAUAAUUGAAAAAAAUGUUUAAUCACCAAUUUAAAAUCUGCUGUUUGGCACCUCCCCACUAAAGCAAUCAGAGAGAAGUAUGCCUUUGGAAUAGUGACGCUCUUCCCAUCCCUCAAGGAUCCAUACACCAAAAAAGGCUAUGAGCAUUUUUAUGAUGCAGCAAGCAGCACUGGAUACAUUUCAUGGCGUCUUAAAACGGUCCUAAGGAAGAUUCAAAGAGGAUCUCUUGUGCCACUAAGUAGCACCAAUUACACUUCAUCUGGAGGCCCAAAUAUACAGAGAACUGUGAUUGCUGAAAAACAACUUGAUGGGAAUGCCUGUCAGGAGGCCAUAUCUCUGCUUAAUCACACCAAAGACAGGUCUGUGAUCUUUCAGAAGAUGAGAGAGACUUUUGAGUACCGUCACAAGCUUAUUAAAGAUGCCAGUGGAAGAAAUGAUAUUCUGACAACGUUCAAGAGGUUCCUGGACACAAAAGGAUUGAUUGAUCAAGACUUCAGUCUUCUGUUCAGUGAAGAAACCUCAUCCAGACUGCUGCAGAAGUGGGAUGUGAUCUUCAAACCAAAUGUCAUCAAGGAGGCUAAGCGUUUAACUUCUACACCUGAGUUGAGAAGUUUGGUGCAAUCAGCGGAAAGUCUUCAAAGCGAUGACCUCUCUAACACAUCUAGCUAUGACCAAGAAAUGGCGUCGCUGUUACUUCUCUUACAUCUCCUUCAACCGCAACCAGGAGGACAGAAGUCUCCAAAAAUCAGUGCAAGUGAUGCAGUUGAGAGACUUGUUGUCUUUCAUAAGUCAUGCUGCAGUUUAGAGGAGCAUCUCCAGGGUCAACGGGGUCUGCAGCCAUUCCUCCUUGAUGUUGGGCAUCAGAACAUUUCACUUAAAGAUGAAGAUGUGGUCAACAAAGAAAUGCUUCAAAUGAUUUCAUCAGGAGAUGUUUUUUCAACCAACUGGGUUAGAGUUGAGGAUGCUGAAUGCAGACAAGGACUUGCUGUUUGCAGCACAAUUCAAGAUGAGAUGCCAGUAUUUUGUCAGAUAAGUGAUGUACUUUUAGUUGACAAUACCUUUCUUUUGUUAUCUAAACAGCUAUUCACAGAAACAUUUGAUGAUCAUCAUCAUGCUUUCAGGAUUGUUCAAAGUGAAGAAAGGCAUUUAGUAAAAAUCCCUGAACUUAAAUUUCAUAAGACUUUUGAUAUUCAAAACUCUUGUGGCGUUUCUAAUGAAUGUUUGUUCAUUGUACCACAAUUUAAAAUGUUGGAAACACAGCUGCAAAAAUAAAGUGUUCAAAAUUGAUUUACUUGUGUCAAUUUGUUUCUUAAUAAUUAUUAUAAUUAAUCAUAAAGUAACUUUUUUUGGAAUAAUAACACUUGAAAGUGUUAAAUCAACACUAACAAAGUGGUACAUUUUUGUUCUUGGAUCAGUGUUAUCCAUUAUAUCCCACAGUGUUAAAUGAACCCUGUUUUGUGAGUUAAAUAAGUAACUCUGAUAAAGUGUUAAAAUUUUAACUAUUUUGAAAGUGUUAAUUUAACUCAGAAAGAGAGUGGACUAUAUAAACACUGAAAAAGUGUUAAAAUCAAAUCUGUGGGAGUUAAAUUAACACUGGACUUUUUGCUGUGCAUGGCGCUACUCGUAAAAUCUCAUCAGAUCGACCCAACUCUAUAUAAAUCCACACAGAGUGUCACUCUGAGCUUCUUACUUAGCAGAAGCGCUUCUGUUUUACUCACUGAACUUAUAUUGUGUUGUACGUUGAAUUUACUGAAGGAGUGGAAAGUUUCUUGAAUUUAUAUGUUCCUGCAUGCUAUCAUUUUCAAAUGCUUUCAAAUUUACAUGGUGCUGUGUUGUUUAUGUAUUUGAAUCACCAACUGCGAGCCAAAGUAUCACACCUGGCAGGUCCAGUCCGACUAGUUUUCCUAAACAAAAAAAAAAAAAAAAUAAUCGCUUCCUCAUGAGAAUUUAGGGACUUGUUCUCAGAUUCACACAGACAGUCCCCAGGCUAUAACGUUCGUGCGUUUAACUGUUCUUGUGAGUGUUUUCACAGGUUUUAUUAUUUCGUAAUAACAUCGGAUAAAGGGCGUGGCUCAAGCUGGAUCCAAUCUUAUUGUCGCAAAAAAGAAAAUCCUGUUUUCUUAAAUUCUUCUGAUGGACAAUGAUUAAAAAAAAUAAAAAUAAAUAAACACCUGCCUUUUUGUCACACAGUUUAAGUGAAGUCCAACUGUGAACGCUGGAAAUAAUGGAGAGCUUUAAAGACCUUCUGCAGAAGCUGCAGGAAGCCCAUGAACGAGAAGUGGAAGCUUUGCAGGUGAAAGUCAAAGAGCUGUCCAACAAGAAGGGCUGCGACACAAAGCGAAUGGAGGAACUAUUCACCAGAAACCAGCAGAUGAAAGAGCAGCAGAGAUUACUGACGGAGAACAUCAAGACUCUAGAAAACAGACUGAGAGCCGGUCUGUGUGACAGAUGUACAGUAACCCAAGAGGUCGCCAAGCGGAGACAGCAGGAGUACGAAGCCUCACACAUGCAGAGCCUCCAGCACAUCUCCCUCCUUGCUGGAGAGAUGACCAACCUUCAGAAAAAGAAUCUUAAACUUAAAGAUGAGGUUGCCAGUUUAAGAGCAGAACUUGAAAGUGGCAGCGAGCACAAUAACAACAACAACAACAACAACAACUCUGUGGACGUGAAACCAAAGAUGUCUCCUGACCUUCUGUCCCCCGGAGCCGUAGCCCUGUUCAGCCCAACCAUCCGUCGGUCCACAGACCAACCAGCAGAUGGCGAUGUAGUGGUGAAGACUGAGGCAGAUCACAAACGUGAAGAAACUGAAUGCAGGCUGUUGAGAGCCACAACCCGAAGCAGUUUUGAAGUAUACAAGCCUCAGCCAACUUUUGCAUCAUCAUCCUGGAAGACAGAACACAGAGUAAAUCGAGGUGUAGAGAAGAGCAUUGAGGUUCUUGAUCAGCACUCCUCCAUCCAUACCCCACAUCUCCGGAAGAAGUCCCACUCCUCACCAAGUGGAGAGGUGAGACCAAGCAGACCUGUGAUCCACGCUCCCAUCCCCUGCCAUCCCAAACCCGUCAAGAGUGGCCCCGUCUCUCUGCCCUGGCCUCUAUCUGAAGGCCCACACUGGGGUGCCAUGGCAGCUGUGGGAGCCAACCCGGCAUUGCAGAACCCUUCCAACAGGCUUCAUUUGUCACGCCUUUCCAACUUGAUCCCACCAAUCUCACAAGCCACCACCAGAAGGCAUGGUUUUGAUUCUUCAUGGCAGAGCCACAAGCAGAGCGCGCCUCAGCCCCCUAAAGAACCAACAGUGGUUUUCACAUUCAGGAGGAUGCCAGAGAACAUAGAGAAUGAAACUAAGCCCAUAGAGAAAAAAGAAAGCCCACCUUCCAAGACUCAGAAAGUCUCUGGAGAAGAACUUAGAGAGAGCUCUGACGGGCCUCUGGACCUUUCCGAUCGAGCGAAGACUAAACCUAGUCAACCCGGAAAUGAUGAUAGUCCCAUCGCCUUGCACUGUGAGGGAGACGCACAGAGGAGCCCUGACAGGAAUGACAAUACAGCGAUACCUGUGUCAUCACCUUCAGUCAUUUCCCUCCCUUCUUCCUCCUCCUCAACGCCCAUCAAACAAGAACAACAGUUGAUCAGUGAUCAUGACCAUGAGGUUAAAGAUCAGGAUAAAAAAGAAGAAGCAAAUGAUAAAACGGAGGAAAGCAACGGGAAGAAAGUUCCUGUCCUCACUCUGUCAUUACGUCCAGCACUGGUAAGGCUAGAGACCCUAACAUCUGCGCUACAGAAGCAGGAGUCAAUAUCGUCAAACGGCAAGCAAAAGUGUCCUUCUAUGGCGAGCCCCUGUGCUUCCUCAGCAUCGCCGCAGUCCUCGUCUUCAGCAAAUGAGGCAGACAGCAGCCUGGACGAGCAGGAAGACAAGAGUGGGUCGGGUCAGGAGAGCAAGGCAGGCCGCAGGAGGAAGAGACUUCGCAUAGAGACCGAAACCGACAGAGACUCAGACACAAACAAGAUGCAUCAGGAGAGAAGAUUCAAGAUCACAGUGAGAACCGAGGAGAGGAGCCCCAGCUAGAGAGGAGGACGGAAAUCACACCUGGACGCUCAAACCGACGAGGAGUUACCGAUUUCCUCCCACAUGGAGGCAGCGUGGUGAGAUGCAAACCCAGCACUGACUUCAUCAAACAUCCUCAACACUCUGCCGUGGAAAGGAAUGGCUCAUUUGCAUAUUGUUCUUCUUUCAUCAGCAUGACGUCUAACCAGUUUCCACUCCCUUUUGGAUCAGUUUUGUGUGUGUGUGUGUGUGUGUGUGCGUGUGUGCGUGCGUGUGUGUGUGUGUGUAUGGCGUGUGCGUGUGUGUGUGUGUGUGUGUGUGCAGAACAUGAUCAAAAUAUCACAUGUGCAACCUAAUAUACACCUUCACUUCCAUGUAGAGGUUGUAACUUUGCAAGUACUCGUUGCAACGAUAUGGUACGACUUUAUAUUUGUCACCUACAGAAAACAAUCUGUGGGUUUGUCAGCAGAAGUGACAGACAUUAGACAGCUGAUUAAAUAUUUUAACAGGUUAUUUUUAUGUUGUGUGUGUGCCUGUCUCUCUCUUUCUGAGUGUUCCUUUUAAUCCUCUGAACAUGCUAAACCAACAGUGGCUUCAUCUCGCGACAUGUCGCGUCAUAGUGAAUGCAUCGUAGCUUGCAGUCGACCGAGCGGCUCGGAUUUUGGGACGUUUUCAUUUUCAAAUGAUGACUUAAUUCAUGGCCUUAGAUGAAACAUAAUUUCCACCGCUGUUAAAGUCUUGACUUUCCUGUGAUUGAUUAGUAUGUUUUUUUUUUGUUUGCUUCAGUUUUACUGUAGAGUUAAGAAAUCACUUAAACAACUCUUGUCUGAUAUAAUCUGAAAAACAAGCUCAGACCUACAGGAAUGAAUCAGUGUCAUGUGUUGUGCCUUGUUAAAUAUGUGGUCGGAAUAAAAACUGAAGAAAAACAGUUUUCUUUCAUGACGACUGUUUUUGUCUUUUUACGCUUUGUGAUAAUAAAUGUACAUCAUUCGAGCUGCUAGCACAAAACCAUCCUGCAGCAGCAGUAUUUAAUCAGAAGCUUCCACAGGUUUGUUGCAAGGCUGACUGCUACAGGAGCACAGCAUCACCAUCCGCAACGAGUCUCUGAAGAUACUCUGAUGAAACGAGUCACGGCAGCAUUCAACUUCCCUUUGGGAUGGAUAUAGAAUUUUCAACUGAAAUAGGAGGAAAGAAAGAGAAAGAAAAAAACUGCAAACAACAAAAUAAAACAGAUUACAAUAAAAACACAGUAAUGAAAUUUGUUAACUUUUAAGUCAAAUAAAAAAAAUAAUAACUUAAAAUCAAUCAUAUUUGGGUUCAAAAUGACACUAUUUUGACCUCUGAAUCAAUUGGGAGGUUUUUUUUUCCAUCAGGCCUAUGAAAAAAAAGAGGCUUGAUGAAUGAGAUGGAUGAGAUCACUGAAUGAUUUACCCCAUCCAAUGCACUGAAUCUUAAACAGGAGGAAACAAUUCACUAUGACAUGCCAAAAGUGAGCUAUAAAUGUUCAUACUUAAAUUACAUCAGAAUUUAAGUUAUUUAAACACCAUGUCUAGUGAGCAAUCAGUCCGCCAUCUGCUUGGGAAGAGGCCAUAUUUAUUCCUGUUUCUAAAAUCAGGGACAAAACCAGCAUACAGAAACAGAACAUUUACCAAAGCAAAGCCCAAACACCCCAGGAUAGAGAUCUAAAUAGUGUAAUAAACAUCUUAGGGGGUUUUAUUUGGAAAAAAAAUUGAUUCAGACUAGGUCCCUGGUUCCUUCCCAACUAGUUAUAGUUUUACCUCCUUGUUCACUUGUGCAGCUGCUUUUUACUCUCCCUUUCAGAGAAAACAGGAGUGAUUACAAAAAGGUUGUUUUUUUUCUAUUCUGAGUCCCUCGGUUCUCAUCAACACCUUAACUUCUGCCACAACUCUUCAAAACCAUGCUGCUCUGCAGCCUGUGCUUAGAAGAUUCUGCCAUAAACCAAGUGGUAUUGUCAAUUUUA